AUGCCUUCCCUCCUGCAGAAAGCAUCUUCAAAUGCAUUUGACUCAUCCAUUCUGACCCUUCAGGCCACUUUCUCCAGUGGCAUGACCUUGUUGACUACGGCUUCCACUGCCAACAACUUCCUCAGAGCUACAGAUGGCCCAUUUGCAGAGUUGAAAGAGCUUAUUGCACAACAUACUUCCACCGAAGACAGGCCACAAUUCCAACCACUUGUCCCCCCCGAUCAAAUUGUGAAGGGAAUUGUGCAGAAAAUAUGGGGUCAUUCAUCUAUUGAGACAGUCAGAGAUAUUGGAGAUAUACUAGAGAAGGGACUCGUUACAGAUGAUUUGAGCUUUGAAGUUUUUUUAGAAGUUUGCAUUGCCAGCUAUGCACAGAAAAAGGGGAAGUCCCCCCAAGAAGUUAUGAAGAGGUUCCGUUUACACAAUCCCACUGAAGCGGGCCAAACAGCUUGGCAAACAUGGCUUAAGCUUCACCGGACUAAUCAUUUCCUAGCUGGAAUUGACAGUCAAGAAGCAGCAUGCCUGUGUAAAUUACAGCAACAGGAUAUCGAUAAGAAGUACCCUGACCAGGCAGAAGAAGCAAAAGCAUUCUAUGAUAAAAUUCUGAUACAUUGCAGGGACCUUCUCACUGCACUCAACUCCAUUCAUCCUGUUGGGGUGGUGUUAGUGGGGUUCAUAGCAGAUGACAAGCUUGCCCCUUGGGAUUCAACUAUCGCAUUUACGAGCUCACCAAUGAUUGCGGAAAUGGUCAAAGCUAUGGGCCUACCCCUCACAGAGGAUAGUGCCUUAGCCAUGAGGAACUUCUACAUCGGGAUAAAGGCAUUCAGCCCAUAUCAACCUGACACCAUUAAACAGAGAACCUUUCUUCAACAUCUUGGGGCAUUUACAAACCCCGAUAAAUCUACCAGCGAGGUAUUUGGUGCCUCAAGCCUCAUGAAGACCGUCGUGAUGCACAUGAAGCAAAGUGUCCAUUUCAGCGAUGAUCUGGACAGGUAUUUGGGAAAUGGAACAGGAAACAUGGCCAUCAAAUCAGAGGUUGAGGGCAAUGUGAACGACGUGGAUUACCACACACCCGCAUUAAAAAGGAAGGAAGGCCUCACCUUUGCAGACGAGACCUAUGGCUUGCAUCCCCAACACCACACUGAGUGUGCUGGGCAGCUUAAAGCAAUCAUUUUGGAGGCAACAGGGAUAACUGAGCUUGGGUGCAACUGGAGAGUUGCCAACAUACUUUCAUUCAUGCUUGAGCAUCGUCUCUGUUUUGUUGGUUGGCAUCGUGGUGUCCUAUGCUUGAACAAGUCACUACCAUGCAAUUGGACCCCAUGCAAGUCUGCACAGUGUAUAAUGCAGCUCACUCACCAGGAUCCGGAGCAGACGUUGAGGGUGGAACAAAUGACAGAUGGUAAGGAAAAUGUCAAUGAAACUUCAAAAAAAACACAACUCACCGGUUUGGGCUUACCAGAUGAGUACCUGAAGCAUGAGGUGCUACACUAUGCACCAGAUGUGAAAGAGAAUAUUAUGAAAUACGUUGUCAGGGCAAUAGCCCUGAACCCCGAGUCAUAUAAGUCCAAAGCCACUCACACACGCACCCUCAUGAAGGCAAAACCUCCCUGUGUGACACCUGGGGGCCACAACCAAAUGAAAGAAGCUGCAGUACCAGAGAACGAGGUGAAAGGUCCACAGGAUGAUGGCAUCGUACCUGAGACACCACCUCGCAACUCACCUGAACCGGGCGGGUCUUCAUCAUCAGUAAAGUUAGAGGCAAUGAACCUGACAACGUUCCCAUCGGGUGUAUGCUCAGGCUUCCAGCAAGGAUGUGGGCCGCAACUCCCUGAUGACCCAGAAAAUGACGUCUUCAUGGAGCAAGCCGUUCCGGAAUCACAUACACCAAUGGUCAUCCCUCCAAUUAGGCUCAUCCAUCCAACACUGCGUAGUACUCCCCUCAAAGUUCAACCAGUGUUAAAGAUUAAUGGAAGCACUGUCAGAGGCACCAUCAUCCAUAUCAAGCCUAAGCGGUGA